AUGUCACCUUUGUGGAGCUUAAGAUGGUUGUGGGUAUAUUUUUUAAUUGGUCAAUUUGCUAUAUCAAAUGUGAGAACGGCUUGGCCUGCAUCUAAUUCCUCCAAUAUACAAUUAUUGGGCAUUUUUGGCAAUGGAUUGACUAUGAACGAUUCCAGUCCAGGAACUCUUUGGUCUCGUGCGAUGUUCAACGCAGCAAUAUUGCUUUCUCAGCAAUAUAAUAUAACAAUUGAUGGGCAGUUUAUUGGUUCACAGCUAGUAGCAAGUGGCGGCAUAACAAUGAACGCUCUUAGCAACUCAUGUCUACUAAUAUCAACUUCAAAUAUAGUUGGUAUUGUGGGACCAACAUUCUCUCGAGAAACUCAGGUUAUUGCACCUUUUGCUGCACAACUUUCCAUUCCUGUUGUAUCCUACUCUGCAACAGAUCCUGGUCUAUCUGAUCGGGGAGCUUAUCCUACUUUUUAUCGUACAGUUCCAUCAGAUACUACAGC